AUGGAUACCACCACCUCCCUGAAGAUGACCUCUCUGGCUGUCCAGAGCCUGUUCAGCUAUGUGGAGGAGGAGAACCUGGCUGCCAUCAAGGCUCAUUUGGACAAGUUCAGAGAUGUGGACAGCAGGAGCGAUAAUGGACAGACUCCACUGAUGGUGGCGGCAGAGCAGGGAAACCUGGAAAUAGUGCAAGAACUUAUAAGGAGAGGGGCAAAUGUCAACUUGGAUGAUAUAGACUGCUGGACAGCAUUGAUCUCAGCAGCAAAGGAGGGACAUAUCGAGGUUGUGAGGGAACUGCUGGAGAAUAAUGCCAACCUGGAGCACAGAGACAUGGGAGGAUGGACUGCUCUCAUGUGGGCAUCUUACAAAGGUCGGACCGAUGUGACCGAGCUGCUUUUAGAAAAAGGAGCUAACCCUAACAUCACUGGACAGUACAGCGUCUACCCUAUCAUAUGGGCGGCGGGUCGAGGCCAUGCAGAGAUUGUCCAUCUUCUGCUACAGUAUGGAGCCAAGGUCAACUGCUCAGACAAGUAUGGCACCACUUCUUUGAUCUGGGCUGCCAGGAAGGGCCACUACGAAAGUGUGAUGCACCUCUUGGCCAAUGGAGCUGAUGUAGACCAGGAAGGGGCAAACUCUAUGACCGCUCUGAUUGUGGCCGUGAAAGGUGGCUUCACAGAAGUUGUCAAGGAACUGCUGAAGAGGAACCCAAAUGUUAACAUGACAGACAAAGAUGGCAACACAGCCCUCGCCAUUGCUGCCAAGGAGGGACACACAGAGAUUGUGCAGGACUUGCUUGAUGCUGGCACCUACGUAAACAUCACAGACAGGAGUGGGGAAACCAUGCUGAUAGGAGCAGUGAGAGGAGGUCAUGUAGAGGUAGUCCGAGCUCUGUUGAACAAAUACGCUGAUGUUGACGUCAGGGGCCAGGAUGGAAAGACUGCCCUCUACUGGGCAGUGGAAAAGGGUAAUGCCACCAUGGUGAGAGACAUCCUGCAAUGUAACCCCGAUACGGAGAGCUGCACCAAGGAAGGAGAGACCCCACUUAUCAAAGCCACAAAAAUGCGGAACAUAGAGAUAGUGGAACUUUUGCUGGAUAAAGGAGCUAAAGUAUCAGCUGUGGACAGGAAAGGAGACACGGCUCUGCAUAUUGCAAUCCGGGGACGUAGCCGAAAGUUGGCUGAGCUUCUGCUGAGGAACCCUAAAGAUGGUCGCCUUUUGUACCGUCCCAACAAAGCUGGAGAAACCCCGUACAACAUUGACUGCACUCACCAGAAAAGCAUACUGACACAGAUAUUCGGAGCUAAGCACCUCUCCCCCUCUGAGUCAGAUGGGGACAUGUUGGGUUAUGAUCUGUAUAGCAGUGCUCUGGCAGACAUCCUGAGUGAGCCCACCAUGCAGCCGCCUAUCUGUGUCGGCUUGUAUGCUCAGUGGGGAAGUGGCAAGUCUUUUCUUCUCAAAAAACUUGAGGAUGAGAUGAAGACCUUUGCCGGCCAGCAAAUCGAGCCUCUGUUUCAGUUCUCCUGGCUGGUGGUCUUCCUGACUCUGCUUCUCUCCGGCUCAGUGGCUGUGGUAUUAGGCUUCACUGUGGAUCCUAAAUUGGCAAUCGCUGUCUCCCUCAGCCUCCUUGCCCUGCUUUACAUCUUUUUCGUGCUGGUGUACUUUGGAAGCCGACGUGAGAGGGAAAACUGGAACUGGGCGUGGGUCAUCAGCACUCAUCUGGCUCGUCAGAUCGGUUACUUGGAGCUACUGCUCAAACUGAUGUUUGUCAACCCACUAGAACUUCCUGAGCAGACCGCCCGUGCCCUCCCUGUCAGGUUCUUGUUCACGGAUUAUAACCGUCUGUCCAGCGUUGGAGGGGAGACCUCUUUGGCCGAGAUGAUUGCAACGCUGUCAGAUGCCUGUGAGAGGGAGUUUGGCUUCCUUGCCACCAGGCUUUUUAGGGUCUUCAUGAAUGAUGAGAUCAAAGGUCAGAAAUGGAAGAAAACAUGCUGUGUUCCAUCUUUUGUGCUGUUUUCCUUGACACUCUGCUGCCUGAUCUCUGGCGUGGCACUGCUGGCUAUCUUUAAGGUGGACCCUGAGAAUCUGACAGUGAACGCAGUACUGAUAGCUAUGGCAAGCGUGGUAGGACUGGCCUUACUCCUCAACUGUAAGACCUGGUGGCAGGUGGCCGACUCUGUUCUCAACUCUCAGCGGAAGCGUCUGCACAGUGCUGCUAACAACUUGCAUAAGCUCAAGAGUGAAGGAUUUAUGAAGGUUCUGAAACAUGAAGUUGAGAUGAUAGCAAAAAUGGCCAAAACCAUUGAUGGCUUUACCCAGAACCAGACACGCAUGGCUGUCAUCAUUGAUGGGCUAGAUGCCUGUGAACAGGACAAAGUCCUGCAGAUGCUGGACACAGUGCGGGUCCUCUUCUCCAAGGGUCCCUUUAUCUCCAUCUUUGCCAGUGAUCCCCAUAUAAUCAUCAAAGCUAUUAACCAAAACCUCAACAGUGUGCUGAGAGACUCAAACAUCAAUGGACAUGACUACAUGAGGAAUAUUGUUCAUCUCCCAGUGUUCCUUAACAGCAGAGGACUCAGUACAGCCAAAAAACUUUGCAUGGCAGCUCCCACCAAUGGAGAGGCUCUCUCCUCUGAUGGAUGGCACGAGGACAUGGACAGGAAGGUGUCUCAGAGCAGCCUUGCCCCAGACCAGGCGAAGUUUGGCAGCAAGAACACGCUAAACCGAAGGGACACAUACCGCCGCCGUCAGAUGCAGAGAACCAUCACCAGACAAAUGUCCUUUGACCUGACUAAGCUUCUGGUGACUGAGGACUGGUUCUGUGACAUCAGCCCUCAGACUAUGAGAAGGCUGCUCAACAUUGUUUCUAUCACAGGUCGUUUGUUGCGUGCUAAUCACAUUAUCUUCAACUGGGAUCGCCUGGCCUCGUGGAUCCACCUGACUGAGGAGUGGCCGUACAGGACAUCAUGGAUCAUCCUUUUCUUGGAAGAGGCUGAUGGAGUGUCGGAUCAGGUCACUCUUAAGACCAUUUAUGAGAGGUACAGGCUCACAAUCAUACACCAUCAUCCAUUCAUUGUAAUCUCCAAAAAUAUCCCCACCACCAAGGAUAUCGAACCCCUGCUGGAGAUUGAUGGAGACAUCCGCAGCUUCGAGGUCUUCCUCUCAUCCAGAACACCUGUCCUUACAGCCAGAGACGUGGAGAUGUUUCUGCCCUGCACCGUCAACCUGGACCCCAAACUUAGGGAGAUCAUUGCAGAUGUGCGUGCGGCCAGGGAGCAGAUGCACUUGGGAGGAGUGACCUAUCCCACGCUGCCCCUGCAAGAGGCAGUGCCCCGUCCCCAGUCAGGGUAUGGCCAGCAUUCAGCCGCCUGCUCCCCAACAGGCUCCUUUGCUGGGUCACUACCUCCUCAGCCGCAUAGCUCCUACUUCAGUGGAAUGACUGGCCCUCAGCAUCCUUUCUACAACCGGAGCGGUCCUGCAGUCCUGCUCAGCUCUUUGAACACAGAGGCGGUGUGUGAACGUCUCAAACAGAUCGAUGGAAUUGACACCACCAUGCUGCCUCACUACACAACUACCAUAAAAAAGGCAAAUAUAAAUGGACGCGUCCUUACUCAUUGCAACAUCGACGAGCUGAAGAAAGAGAUGGAGAUGAACUUUGGCGAUUGGCAGCUCUUCAGAGGAAUGGUGAUGGAGCAACGUCACGCUGAAAACCAGGCAGUGCUUCACAACGAGUCCCGGGCUGCUAGUGAGCAAGGCAGCAGCGUCCUCCACGGGGAGCCCAGCAGACGCUCGGGGGGAGCCCAGCAUGAAGCACCACCCUUCAGCCUCAACCUCAGUUUUGAGGAGCUCAGCGGAGUGGGGCUGGAGGAGCCUCCCAGGCGGAGCCACAACUCACACUGGCCGGUGGCAAAUAACCGCACAUCCAGCAUGUCCAGUCUGAACUCUCAGGAGUCCUCUAAUGACAUUUGCAAGCUGACGGACAAGCAGCAGGCUGAGUAUCGUGAUGCCUACACGGAGUACAUCACUCAGAUGGCCCAGCUGGAACUUUCCGGCAGCGGGGGAGAGAGGCCUGUGCAGCCCCACCCUGGACAGUUCCUCCAGGGUCCAAACUCAGAAGACAAAGGGGCCAAGGAAGGAGCGGACCAAGACAGCCGCAAGUGCUUCACCAAGAGAGGAUCCAAAAGUACAGAUGUCACCGAUUUUGCUUUGGGCACAGAUGCUCUGCUCCUAGACCCCAUCAGCGAAGAGGAUGAGAAGCUGGACAACAGCAUGUCCUCCAAGACCCCAGGCUCCAAGAAAAAGGGAGCUGGUUCAUACUAUCACAGGCUGGCCAACGAAGAAGACUCAGAAGAAGGCCCAGAAGAAUCUGAGAACACCACACCUCUCCUCCACAACGAGGCAAAAACCGGCGCUGUGUCCUCACAGAGAGCCUCACAGCCUCCUGGGCUGCUGGCCAAGCCUGCCCCCCCCACAGAGAUCUUUGUGGAUAAGAAGGACCUCUCUGACUCAGGGAUGCGUUCCAGUGACAGCUCCUCAGACCCCUCCCUGGAGGAAGCCGAUGGAGACGCUGACCGAGGGAGAGAAACCCUGAAGCCCAGCCUAAUCGAGCUGGAGCUGGAGGGGCUGGUGAAGAAGAGAGGCUUCCUCCCCAGCAGCCUCAGCGGCCUGCAGGAGGCCACGGUGGCCCGCAUGUCCAUCUGCUCCGAGGCUCCGUCCGAAGGCAGCCUGAUGGCCAGCAGCCCAGACGAGGGCUGGUCCUCCAACGAGGUCAGCAACCUCAACCGCACCACCAGCAACACCACCCUCAACAACAACACAGGCAGCCCCGUUGACUCCAACACCAACACCAACAACAGCCAUCAGCAGCAGAGCAACACCACCGGCACACCGUCCACCUCGGCCAGCAUCAUCGCCCCCCCGGCGGUCAUCAUCACCCCCGGCAGCGGCUCUGCCGGAACCACGGCCGCCACCCUCCACCACAACCACAACCUGUGCACCAUCAAUGUGGGAGAGGAGAGGGAGAGCGUCCUCUGA